AUAACCUCUGGAAUUCAGAAAUACAAGUAGGUCCUGUCUCUUGCAGGCUGUACCACACUCUUGAGGGCGGGCUCCCAGGCACACUCGACGGAAUCUCUAUCUGCUCUUGGCACUCUCUGUCUUUUUUCCACAGGUCUGACUGUGUUUUGAGCCCAUCACAAUGGCUGAUCACACUUCUCCAGAUUAUUUCAGCUGCUCCCUGUGUCUGAACCUUCUGAGGGACCCUGUGGCUAUCCCCUGUGGCCACAGUUUCUGUAUGGACUGCAUCAGUGGCUACUGGAAUGAGGCUGACUACACAGGGAUUUACAUUUGCCCCCAGUGUAAGAUCACAUUCACCCAGAGGCCUGUACUGCGGCCCAACGCCACUCUGAGCAUGGUGGCUGAGAAGAUCAAGAAGAGUGGUUUGACCCUCAACCUCAACACGUCCCAGGGGAACCUCUACGCCGGGCCGAGUGACGUCCCCUGUGACUUCUGCUCUGGAAAGAAAUUAAAGGCUGUGAAGUCCUGUCUCAACUGUCUGGCGUCCUACUGCGAGAAGCACCUGAAGCCACACUAUGAAUCAGCCACAUUCAAAAGGCACAAGCUUGUGGACGAGCUGGGAAACCUGGACAGGAAGAUCUGUCCGCAGCACCAGAAGUCACUGGAGCUCUUCUGCCGAACAGACCAGAUGUGUAUCUGUGCUAUCUGCACAGUAAGUGAACACAGGGGCCAUGACAUUGUCUCUGCUGAGGCAGAAAGGGGUGAGAAGCAGAAACUGUUGGGAAUCUCUCAAGCGGAGAUUAGACAGAAAUGCCAGGAGAGGAUGAAGGAGCUGGAGGAGCUGAAGACUGCUGUGGAUUCACUGAAGAACUCGGCCCAGAGAGCCAUGGUGGACAGCCAGAAGAUGUUUGAGGACAUGAUCCGCUCCAUUGAGAGGAUGAGGUCAGAGGUGAGCAAGUUGAUUGGCAUCAACGAGAAGGCUGCUUUCAACCAGGCCGAGGCUUUGAUCGAGCGGCUAGAACAAGAGAUUGAUGAGCUGAAGAAAAAGGAAUCCGGCCUCAAGCAGCUGUACAGCACUGAUGACCACAUCCACUUUUUGCAGAACUUCAACUACCUCUGCACCCCCACUGAUGACGGCUUCAUACCCAGAGUGACGGUGAACCCUGACUUCUCCUUCGGGGCCGUCAGGAAAGCUGUGGCCGUGAUCAAGGAACGCCUGGAGGAGUUUGGCAGAGAAGAGCUGCUUAAUAUCUCCAAGUCAGUGAAUGAGGUCCCGGUGUACACUACUACAGAAAGUCGAACAUUGGACAGAAGGAGCAGAGGCAAAGAAAUGACAGUGGACAACACUCCUCCAGAGCCAAAGAGCAGAACUGAUUUUGUGAAAUACUUCUGCCAGCUGAAACUGGACCCUAACACAGCCUACAAGGAGCUGUACAUCUCUGAAAGCAGCAGAAAAGUCAUCCGCACCAGGGACCUGCAGCCCUACGGGGACAACUCAGAGAGGUUCGACAGCUUUGCCCAGGUGCUGUGUCGGGAGGCCCUGUCCGGAGGCCGCUUUUACUGGGAGAUCGAGUGGAGCGGGGAGUUCUCCAUCGGAGUGGCCUACAGGAGCAUCAGCCGGAAGGGCAAAGGCUCACUGUGUCUGCUGGGCUACAACGAUAAAUCCUGGAGUCUCCUCUGCUCCGACACAGGUUACUCUGCCUGGCACAACCGGGUGGACAAAGCCAUCAACGCCCCCCACUCCCCCAGGAUAGGCGUGUACCUAGACCACACUGCGGGUGUGCUGGCUUUUUAUAGCAUAAGCAACACCAUGACCCUCCUGCACAGGUUUGAGACCACAUUUGUUGAGCCACUCUAUCCAGGCUUUGGAGUUGGAACCUCAGUCAAGAUCUGCAAUGUCAAGUGAGCCAAUAUUUGAGCUCUUAUUUGAGAAUCUGAAAAUAUUUUCCACGUGUUUUUCUUAAUAUACAGCAGUGCUUUUGGAAUAUAUAUUUUUGCAACCUUUUGAAACUGUACCAAACCACAUUAUUGAAGUUGCUUUUUUAACUCUACACAUCACUUAUUGCUUUUGGCCUUGUACUGUCAAAUGACAUUACUGAAAUAAAUAACUAUUACAUAAUCACACAAAUACAAUAUAAAUAAGUGUUAUCCCUUUUGGCAUCUGAUAAGAACUGAUGGAUAAUAUUAUAACAUGUCAGUAUGUAAUAAAUUAGUCUUACUGAGCUAAACCUGUAAAUGUUAUAUGUUCCCACUGAUAGUUGUACCAUCAUAUUUUUACACAACUAUUGCUUUAUGAACAUAUAUCAUAUCUCAAGUGAUGAUGUUAUUAUAAGUCAUAAUGAAUGUAACCUGAGGUACAUUUGCUUAUGAUAGGUCAUCACAUUCAUGGCCAAUAUUAUUGCAUAAAUUAAUUUAAAAUAUAUUGCACUCUUAUGAUCGGUAUGAGUAAUAUAAUAAUGUUCAUGUUGGUGCGUGAACAGGUAUUGUUAUGGUUUCAACACAUUUAGAAGAACAUUUCAUUGUCAUUUCAUUUUGCCAUGUUCCGAUAUUAUCUGAUCGUUGCCAUAUCAGUUGCUGAGAGUCCUUACAGUUUUUUUCACUUGAACUAACCCCUUAUUUAAUUUUAUGUAUGUUUACUUAUAUAAUGGACAGAGUAUAAUUGAUAUCAAAAGACUUGUUUUGUAACAAAAUUAUUCAUCAAUAGUUCAAAAUAAAGAGCUAAAUGAA